AAUCCACACUCCCAAAGAAGGGCUUGCGAACCCUAAUAAAUUAACUUCUCGUAUCUCAGACCAUCAGUUCACGCAAAAGUCUUAUGCACCCUGCCUCCUUUCUCUCCUCCUUCAUUACUUCAUUACUCCAAUUUAUUCUUCACUGCACAAACACCCUCACAUUCCUCAGCAUCUUCAAACAAUAACUAAAAAAAAAAAAAACCCCUAAUAACAUCCUCAAUAGACCUCACCAAACCCAAAUCAAUUCUUCAAACAUCUUCAAUUCAUCUCACUCUCUCCAAAUGUCACAUCUUUUCAUACUCCUCUGUUCCAUCUUCUUCCUGUCAAUCCCAUCUUCGUCCCAGCUCGACGAGCUUUUCUACUCCGGAUUCAAUGAACUCAACACAAACAUCACUCUCUCCGGAAUAUCCGAGUUUCAAAAAAAUGGCAUUCUUCGAUUAACCAACGAGACCAGUAGAAAAAUGGGUCAUGCUUUUCACACCUCUCCAUUUCACUUCAAGAACUCCUCCAAUGGCUCUGCUUUCUCUUUCUCUACCUCUUUCGCCUUCGUCAUCGUCCCCGAAUACCCAAAACUCGGCGGCCAUGGACUCGCCUUCACUCUCUCUCCUUCCAUAGACCUCCCAACAGCUCUUCCUAGUCAGUACCUGGGCCUCCUCAACGCCUCCGACAUCGGAAAUUUCUCGAACCACUUGUUCGCAGUCGAGUUCGACACUGUUCAGGACUUCGAGUUCGGAGAUAUCAAUGAUAACCAUGUUGGCAUCAACAUCAACACCAUGGCAUCGAACAAAUCUGUUGCGGCAGAUCUGAAUCUGAAAGGUGGAAAACCCAUCAUGGUUUGGAUUGAAUACGAUUCGAUUACGACUCUUAUCAAUGUUACAAUCUCGCCUUCUUCUUCGAAACCCAGAUUGCCAAUUCUUUCUUUGAAAUUCGAUCUCUCUCCAAUUCUCCAUGAAUGGAUGUUUAUUGGGUUCUCUUCUUCCACUGGUUUGCUCGCUAGCUCGCAUUACGUAUUGGGUUGGAGCUUCAAAAUCAAUGGAGCUUCCAAAUCGCUUAGCUUGAAUUCUCUGCCAUCAUUGCCUGUAAUAAAGAAGAUAGACAAAGCUCUGGUUAUCGGUGUUUCAGGUUCUUCAUUUGUUUUCCUGGUUGCUAUGAUCUUGAUUGUUGCAUACUUGAUUAGGAAAUUUAAGAACAGAGAUGUAAUUGAAGAAUGGGAGCUUGAAAUAGGCCCACAUAGGUACUCAUACAAAGAACUUAAGAAAGCUACUAGAGGUUUCAAGGACAAGGAGCUUCUUGGGGCUGGUGGGUUUGGAAAAGUGUACAAAGGAACACUUCCAAACCCAAAGAUUCAAGUCGCUGUGAAGCGAAUUUCGCACAAUUCAAAGCAGGGUUUGCGCGAAUUCGUAUCAGAAAUCGCCAGCAUUGGCAGGCUUCGCCAUAGAAACCUUGUUCAAUUACUAGGUUGGUGUCGACGCAGAGGCGAUUUACUACUUGUCUACGAUUUCAUGCCUAAUGGAAGCUUAGAUAGGUUCUUGUUUGAUGAACAAAACCAAAAAUUGAGCUGGGAACAGAGGUUCAAAAUCAUCAAAGGGGUUGCUUCAGGACUAUUGUAUUUACACGAAGGGUAUGAGCAAAUUGUGAUACACCGAGACAUUAAAGCGAGUAAUGUGUUGCUUGAUGGGGAAUUGAAUGGUAGAUUGGGUGAUUUUGGGCUUGCGAGAUUGUACGAGCACGGAGCGAAUCCGAGCACGACGAGAGUGGUGGGGACUUUAGGGUAUCUUGCGCCGGAGCUGCCUAGGACAGGGAAGGCCACAACAGGGUCUGAUGUGUUUGCAUUUGGUGCACUGUUGCUUGAGGUUGCAUGUGGAAGAAGACCCAUUGAGCCCAAGGCAGCCCCUGAAGAGUUGGUGUUGGUGGAUUGGGUUUGGGACAAUUGGAAAGAAGGGACUUUCCUAAAUGUAGUGGACCCUAGUCUGAAAGGUGAGUUUGAUGAGAUUGAGGUUUUGAUGGUGUUGAAAUUGGGGUUGAUGUGUUCAAACAACGUGGCUUUAACUAGGCCUAGUAUGAGGCAAGUUGUGAGGUACUUGGAGGGUGAGAUUGAUGUCCCGGAGGUUUUGCAAGCGCCAAGCUCGUCCGACGAUGAUCAAGUGUUUGAUGGUUUUGUGAAUCAGUAUUUGUCGUCGUCGUCGUUUGUUGAAAAGGGCUCAAAUUCAUCGACGGUUGGGGAUGUCAAUGCGAGUUUUGCUUCGAUUUCUACUUUGCCUCUUUCACUUUGCAUAGAAUGAUAUCAAAGUUUUUUUCUUUCUCAUUUUCUUAGCAAACAAUUUCCUGGAAAAGUCUAUUUCUUUUGCCAGGACUGUUAAAGUUGAAGCCUUUUGUGUUGUACCGUUGCAUUCAGAUUUUGGGUACAAUAUGGGAUCGAAACAACUUGUUCAUAUCUUAAAGAGAAUUUCAAUAUUAUCAAGCCUCGAGUCGAGCUGUUGGGUAUUUGCUGCCA